UUCCCCAUUGGUGAAAAAUGCGCGUCAUUCUAAAAAAACGGAAGCAGGCGCUACCAUUUUGAAACACGACACUGCUUAGCGCCACAAUGGACAAGAGCAACACGGUGAAGCUCUUCGUGGGCAACCUGGCUCUGGACACCACCCAGGAGGAGCUGUCGGCCAUCUUUGAGUCGUAUGGCCAAGUGGUCAGCUGCAGCGUUCUCCGACAGUUCGCCUUCGUACACCUACAGGGCGAGGGGGCUGCAGAGCGGGCCAUCAGUGAGCUGAACGGCAGGGAGUUCCGGGGGAGGAACCUGGUGGUGGAGGAGUCCCGGGGCAGACCGCUCCACUCCACCAAGGUGUUUGUGGGCAACCUGUCGGGCAUGUGCACCACUGAGGAUCUCCAGGAGCUCUUCCAGACCUUCGGCAAAGUACUGGAGUGCGACAAGGUCAAAGCCAGGCUCUCCUCUUCUGCAGGAUACGCCUUUGUGCACAUGGAGAAUAAGGAGGAAGCUCUACAGGCCAUCGAGGCCCUCCACGGCACCUCCUUCAAGGGACGCCCUCUCUCCGUGGAGCUCUCCAAGGUACAGCCUUCUAAGCAAACCCCCACUGGGAAGAUCCCUUGUGUGAGCUGUGGGAAGCAGGGCCACUACGCUGGGGAGUGCCCUGUAGGGAAGCCCUCUCUGGAACAGUACCAGAGCCAGGCAGCCGUGUUAGCUGCAGCCGCCGCCGCCGCAGCCGGCCUCCCCCUUCAGGUCCAGCAGAGUGUCCACAACUCUGUCUACAACACCUCAACCUUUGACCCCACAUACGCUGCGCUGACGGGCCACACCACCGGCACGCGGACGGACGGCAACCCCGUCAACCAGGCAGUGUACGGUGCCCUGGCGACGCAGGUGUACGGCGCCAACGUGGCCAAUCAGCUCUACGGAGUCCAGGCAGCAAAUCAGGCGGCAGCGUUGACGCAGGCGGGUGCCACGCAGGUGUAUGCCAGGUCCAUGAACCCCAGCCACGCCGCCCUCUACAGUCAGCUCAGUCAGAUCGCUGCCAGCCCCGCCGCUGCCUACUCCACACCCGUCUACGCGCAUGCCAUGGCCAACCACCACCACCACCCAGGGGCCGUCUACCUGGCAGCCCCUGGCGUAGAGAUGCCUACGACCGCUGCUGCCAUCAACCAGGCCUAUGCCUUGGCACCGGCGCUCUAUGGGGGUGCCCAGCAUGCCUACGGUCACAUGGGGAUGGGAGCCAUGAGCGUGUCGGCGGACCCGUCGGCUGCCAUUUUUGAGGCAGCGAGGGUGCAGCACUACUUCGCCCAGGGACAGCAGGUUCUGGCCGAGCAGCAGAAUGCGGCGGCGGCCCAAGCGGCAAAGUCCGGGGAAAGGGACCGGAGUCCCCUGAGGCGCUCGGCGGGGUCCCUGCUGCCCGACCCUGUCAUGAAGCCCUUCAUGUACCAGAGAGCGCCCAAGCAACGCCGGCCGCUGCUCCCCACCCCCGCUGGGCGAGCUGCAGAGGAGGAAGCGGAGGCUGCGGAGGACCCCAUGACUAGAGACCAGUGUCAACAGUACGCUGAGUACUACCAACAACAGCACCAACAGUACCAGCAGCUCCAGCAGUUACAAGAGCAGUACCAACAGUAUGCUGAGUACUACCAACAACAGCACCAACAGUACCAGCAGCUCCAGCAGUUACAGUACUAUGCAGAGUAUUACCAGCAGUACCAGCAGUACCAGCAACUCCAACAGUACCAGCAACUACAACAGCUCCAGUAUGCCUACCCACCUCCCAACCACCACGCCAUCCCUGCCCACGCCAUUGCGGGCCACGCCCACCACCACGGCCAGCCCGGUCACGUCACGGCGCUGGACGCCGCCCUCAGGCCGGUGGUGCCCGCCUCCGCUAUGGUGGCAGUGCCCAGAGUGUAUGAGUCGCCGCUGCCGCCGCCACCGAACCGCAAGGAGGCCGUCCUCCGCCGAGCCCCCGAAAUCUCCCUUCACACGCCUGAGCCCCCCUUCCGAUAGUCCACACCUCCCUCGCACACACCUCCUCUGCCCCCCCACCCCACCGCACACAACCCGUAUACCACCCUCGUACCCUUCCUUUCUCUCAGCGGCUGUGUGUAUCUGUGUGUGGGGGUAUAUAUAUCUGUGGGUGGGGGUAUAUAUAUCUGUGUGUGUGUCUCUGGAUGUGUAUCUGUGUGAGAAUUAGUGUUUUGUGUGUGGAGUUGGUUUGGUAUUAGUUUUUACUGUAGUCAAUGGAUAAACACCCAAGCAUCUAAACCCCAACCGUGGUCCUGAUACCACACACACACACAGUGCAGUGAAAGAGGGGGAAGUUGCUCUUAUCCGCCACAUACCGUUGGCUUUUUUUGGUAGGGAUUUCUAUUGCUUUUUAAAGUGUAAGAAAUAGACUGAGGACCGUCAUACAUUUUCAUUGCCUUCAAGAGUGAUUUGCAGUGUAAAGGCCAAAAUAUGAUGGUUCUCGAGGAUUCAACGAAUUAGCUAAUCUCUCCACUAGUUCAACAGAAUUAUUUCUAGCUUUUAUUUUAACUAUAUGAAUGUAUUGAAACUGCACUGUGGUUUGUUGUGAAGGUCCAGGGUUGGAGGGGUCUGUGUGUCUUGCAUGCGCCGGGACUGGUGUGAGAGAGAGAGAGAUGUUGGCUUUCUGUUUCAAUGUAAUUCACACUGUCCGGUUCCCUCACUAGCGCAACCCUGGGGGUAUGGAGGGCACAGACCACAGCCACACUAGUAUUUAACAACUACACUCUACCUACCCAGCCUCAUCCCUCCCUCGCCCCGCUGCAACCAGAACCCUGAAAGACACUGCUGCAUUUCUGCCCUCCUUUUUCUCUAUCUAUACCUUAGCCUGGUUAAACCAGAUUGAAUGCUGUGCUCACCACUGAAACAAUGGAGGAUUCAACAUUGUCAGGUUUCACCAGGCUAUCUAUACCUACCUCUGACAAUGCGAUAGGAUUGAGAUUAGCUGGUUAGAAUAUGAAUUGUGUGCUUUCUAUCCAUCCAGUUAUAUCAAUUGGUGUCAGUUGCAAGGUUGGGAUCCAUUCCAUUUGAAUUUAAUUCAGUCAAUUUACCUUCUGAAAUGGAAUGGACCCCAACCCUGGUCAGGAGUUUGGAGAAGAACGCCACAUUUUAGUGACAAAGAUGAUGUACUAUACUAAUAGUGUCUUGCUGCAUCAGUGUAUUUUGAGGCCUUUUGAAGUAUGUUUAAGUUUUUUUGUAAGUGGUAGUGGGGUCAACGAGUACAUUCUAACCCCUCAGAUCAUGUAUGUACGAGCUGUUUGAUGGAUUUAUAAGCAAGUCAACUUUUUAGACUUUUUAGCUAGAGAACCGUGAGUUUCGAUGAGCUUAACGUUGUGCCUAAGCGUUGCGUGAAGUGCAUUUAGUGGAGGGAAUAACUCCUUUUUUUGAAGUGCUUUUUUUCUAAUGGCAGUCUUCUAAUUUUUUUAAAUCUGAGGUGGAGGGUAAAGGGUUAUUAAGAUAAUGUGACGUGAUCUUUUUUUUUUUUGUGGUGCGGUGACGUUCGCACCAAUGGCAUGAUGACAGAUGGAGCAGUAUCUUUCAGUGGCCCGCCCCCGACGUGUCCUUGCGCCCCGUUGUAAGACCACUCACUACCCCCGUACCCCACUGUCCUUUCUCCUUGUGGUUGUAGUUAUAUAGCUUUUUAUAUUGCAUAUUCUCUCUCCGUCUCUCAUAUAUACACACACACACACACACACACGGUUGCAUCUCCUGUGAAAUCUCGAUGGUCACAAAAAAAAAUAUUUUUUAGUCUUAUUGCUUGCCUUGUGUCUGACCAUAUUUUUUAUUUUGCCUUUUUCAAAAAAAACAAAUAAACAAUUAAAACCGGCAUGCUUUUUAAUAUGUACACUAUACAUGCCCACCAUUUUUUAAAUAAAGAAUGUUUCUGACUACUGUGGUGGGGGGGGAGAACCUGAUGUACUUCUCCUUGUUUUUAUUUUUUUUGUAUUUUUCACUCCUUCCUGUUUCUCCUUGUUGUAAUGACCAGACCCAUGUGACUGGGGACCAGGGUGGCAGAGAAAAUGAGGAGUAGCGUCUGUGUGUGCUCCCCCCCCCCUAGUCUGCCUCGGUGGAUGGGGUAAGUCUAGUCUGGGGUCGGCCUUUCUUUCCAGCCUCACUCGAACUCUGUAGGACUACAGCACAGACAGGCCCAGGAUGUGUCCCAGUAAUAUCUAUUUUCUUCUCAAUUGUGCACUUGUUCACAUCCCUUCACUCAUUUGAGAGGAAAUGACUGGUAUAAGAAAUAUGUUGGAAACACCCUCUAGCCCAUGCCUCCACUAAUCCAAUGCGAUUUAGAUGUGUAAGAAGUAGUGAACGAGUGUACACUUCAGGAAGAAAGAGAUAAUUGGGACAUAACCCCUCACUGGUAUCCCGACAAGGCUACUGUUACCAUGUUCUCAUGUCUGAAAACCGUUUCCAUGACCUCUGAUCUUUUUUGAUUGCCGCUUUGUGCCAAUCUGGUGUCGAUUUCAUAACAUUUUAAUUGCGGAUUCAAUGUUGAGCCGAGUGGCGCGCAUUACUCGUUUGCAGAUGAUUCCUUGUUUACCAAUGGCGGGGACACACACACCAUCUGAGAGCUGGGGAGAGGCACGCAGAUAGAAUGGCUCCAUCUGUAGCAUUUUGAUCUGUUGGGCUUGCUCCUACCCAACCACAACACCCAACAAUGUGUCUGUCUCCAGUGACUACUGUUCUAGACGUGCAUGUGUCACUCUGCUCUAUAUCCAAAGCCCUGUACAUACUGACUAUGUCAACUGAAAUAGGUCCCCGGCCGUCCAGACACAGCCAAGCGUGUGAGGUGAGAGGGGGAAGACAAUAAACGUCGCGCAGGCAAAGGGGAAGUGGGAACUCGAUCUACUCCACCAAGGUAAUGAAACAAAGCACCGUUCCCGUCCCCCUCUCUGACUGUGCUUUGACCAAACUCCCACCGCCAUCACCACCACCCCUCCGUAGCUCCCCACUCACAUGUGUUGACAUUGCCAACGCCGGAGGGCUUCUCUUGGGGGGGGGGUCCCUGCUCACUGCUACUGUGAUGUCUCCUACCAGACUUCCAGUGAAUUGUCCCGUCUCUCGCCAUGCAGCACCUACAUUGGACUGUUCCGUCAGUCUCUCUCUGUCGUGCUGAUGUGUGUCUGUGUGUUAGAGCGAGAGAUUGUGUGCUUGUGCUUUACUUUUUGUGUGUGACUACAUGUUUAAUAGAGUGAGCCAGUGUGUGAUGUCGUUGAGGCUUGGCACAUGUGGAUCUCCUGCCCCCCCCCCCCCCCCCCCCCCCCCCCCACGCUAGUGACUCCUACACCGCCGUAUUCGCCACCCCUCCUCCCAACCCAUCCCUCUCCGUGCCUGUCCGCCGUACACAACGCUUGCCGCUUCCACCGCUGCCAUCUUGGAUCUGGGCUGGGUUUUGUGGCUCUGGCUGUGGAUCAGCUGCCCCCAACUGGCCACACCCACCCCUGGCUAUGGCUGUAGCUAUAGUCACCUAGUGAAUGACAGUGGACACAGUGUAUGGUGGCCUAGUGGGGUCGCUUGGCUGGUAAGAGUAUUACCCGCGACGAUAGAGAAAGCGAGACACCCCACUCCUUAUUUUUAUUUUCUGAUCGGGACAGGCCCACUCUGGUCUACUGAUUGCCCCUGCGGAGGGGGUGACCCAGGCCGAGAAAUCUCACUGGCUCAUAUUUUUUUCUGGUUGGUCGGGGCAAGCGAGAGGGGGACAAUAAAUAGACUAACGCCAGCUGUUCCCUUUCUCACAUGCCAGACAUUGGCCACGUUCCUCUGACCAGGCGUUGCUGAUGCAUACCUUAUCCUACAACGCCUGGAUAGGUAAUGUGAUUAGCUGAUACUUGAAUUAUGUUAUAGCAACCAGUCAGUCGAUGACAUGGCACGCGAACAUUGGUUGAUGCAUGCAAGGGAAUGCAACCUAUACAGAGGAACUGAGCUCGCGCGGGAAAAGCAUGCUCACGCGAGAGAUGAAAAAUCACACUUAUACAAACAGGAACCCUUGACCAUUAUUGUAAAAUGGUUAACGGCCAGAGUAAACUCUUAUUUAUCCACCAUCUUUGGUAUUCAUGAAACAAACUUUGUAGGGAGAGUUUUUGCUUUGCAAAAUCUGUGAUGCUGGGUUUGCCAUGACUGUAUGUGGUUAAUCACUGUUCACUACCAACACCACUGGCUCCUUGCAGUUUAAUCAAUCAAUUGAAGACUAAUAAAGACAAUAAAUUGACCUCCCUCUGGAGAAUAACAUUCAUGUUUUUUUAACACCGAUUUCCCUAUUGCCCUAUCAAAAAUGUCCUAUAAGACAGACGAGCCCAGUAAAGGGUUAACUACCUGCAGAUUCACUGCAAUCUCAGGACUCCUACAGGAUGUUUUUGGUAUGGGGACUAUUUCUCUUCACUUCAACCGGCUGUACUUGUUUGUUGUUCUGUAUAUAUAUAUGUGUGUGUAUCUGUUAAGAAUCUCCCUCUGUUAGGAUGGCUGAACACACACACACACUUGUCCGACAUGUUCACUCAGCAGCUGAGAGGUGCGUUGCAGGCGGCGGGGCAGAUACUUGACAGGGAGAGGGCGUGGUCUUCCUGUCUCUGUCUGCUUUACCACUGCAAAGGAUGAAGGAUGGAUGAAAGGACGGAAGCUGCGUUUGUAAUGUAGGGAUCUCCAGCUCUGAUCCCUGCCCGUUCCCUUAAACCCAUGCUGUCCUGAUCUUGGAGGAGAAAAGUAAUCUAGAUUUUUUCAAAAUGGUGGCUCGUGGAAGGAGAGGGGGUGGGGUUAAGAGAGUUGGGCCAGUAUCUGGAAGGUCUGUGGUUCAAAACCCCUGAGCUGACUAGGUGAAAAAUCUGUCUAUGCCCUUGAGCAAGGCACUUAACUCUAAGUCGCUCUGGAUAAGUUUGAUUAAAAUGUUAAAAGGUUCACCAGUAAUCUCUCCUCUGAGCAUUCAAACUACAGUAUUGCCUCGGCACAAAAUGGACUAACUAAAAUAACUAAUCAGGAUGUUGGGCUUUUCCCCCCCACAUAGUCCCCUUUUCCUCUCGGACGUGUGGAGUCUGACUCUAGUGCUUGAGCAAAUGCAGUCAGCCCUGUAUUUCUGAAUUGCCCCUGGCCUGCUCCCUAUUAGCUCACACUGACUGGCAACCAUAUGGCUGCAGCCUUUCAUCACUGCUCCUGUCCUGCUCUACCUCGCGCUGCACAACACAGGACAGGGAAGCCAGAAAUGCUGCCUUACCAAUAGAAUCUCAAUUCCAAAUUUCGCCCCUCUUUCCUGAAAUGUGCGCUUGUCCACUCCCCCUCAAGGAAGUGAGGGGGGAGGGGGCAUUGGAUUGUUCGAGACAGAGUAUAAUUCCCAAUCUGGCCUUCAAACCAUCAUGGCCACCUAAUAAUCCCCAGUUUACAAUUGGCUCAUUCAUCCCCCUCCUUUCCCCUGUAACUAUUCCCCAGGUCGUUGCUGCAAAUGAGAACGUGUUCUCAGUCAACUUACCUGGUAAAAUAACGGUAAAAUAAAUAAAAAAAUAAAAAUAAAUACCGCAUAUCUAAUAACCAAUCUCAAUAUUUUAAAUCUUCAAGGAGUGAACGAGUGCACACUUCAAGGAGAGCGGGGAGAAUUGGAAUUGGGCCACAGUUUUGCCCCCAGGGUAGUCGCCAGUCCACUGUCAGUCACACUUAACAUUGCUGCCCAAAUACUACUUAGUCACAUCAAAUAUUAUAUUCUCACAUGCAAGAACUUGUAACUGCGCUGUAACUAAGUUGACUUAAUUAAGAAUCUGGGGCAAGUCAAGUGUAGUUAGAGUGUAAUGGUGUGUGAUUUCAUCUGGUUAAGGAAGAUACUAUUUAUAGUCCUACGAUAUAAAGGCAACCUAACGUAAACUGUUACCUCAAUUGUUAUCUUAUAGCUAUGUUCUUAUAGUCUGGGUGAUCUAGUUUCUCUUGUUAUUGGAGGAGACAUUUUUUUUAGGGAGAAAGAGCACCUUUGUAUGCCGAACUGGAUUGAUAAAGGGAUGUUUUUACAAAUGUCAAUGUUGAGUCAUUUGGUACUUCAAGUGCAUUUACAGGAAAAAAACAAGUGCAAACAAUCAGCAUGCUUGAAGGAGAUGAAGGGGGACAUUUUAAUGGUGCAAAAUAGUUCAAAGAUGCUAGAAAAUAUUGUACAACUCAUAAUCCAGCAGUGUUAUACAUUUUAUUUUCUCAACAAUGUGCAUUAUAAACGUGACUAUUUAACUAGAGUUUAGUAUACUGAGCAAUGCAUGAAUAGUGUCCUUUUUAUACCGCACAAUGCUUGAGAAGUCUAAUUUAAUCACAAUGCCAGAUUUGAGUUCUGUUUUUGCACAGCUUUAAACUACUUUGCACCAUGAAAAUGUCGCCUUAAAUGUAUUAUGACAAUGAAUAACCAAAUUUCAUAUUAUGUAUACUCCUUGCAUUGCUUACCGGUAUGUCUUGAAGCACUGUACCGUCUGCAUGGUUGUACCAAAUAAAUGAUUAUUUUCAAAUAAA